CACAAAUAUGGGGACGCCAUUUCAUUUUGGGCCAAGCUUGAUGCCAUAAAAUUCAAAGAUUGGGCUUUCGCAAAAGAAUUUAAUAUUGCAAUUAAUGAGUUAGAAAAGUGGCUGGUACAUGUAUUUGAUUUUGCAGAGGUGGAUUGGGCAACGGAGAAUUCGGGAACUUUCUCUUCUUCAAAUAACUAUUUACAAAGUAUUUUAUGUCAAACAAUUAUGCUGAAAUACCUAUACAUCAUUUUUUCGAGAACAUUUUUUUUUUUACUACAGUGUUCUAAAACUAUUGGUUUGUAUAUAUUUCUGUCUUCUGGGCAAUUAUCACGGUAUUCAGCUAUUUAGUUGUUUUAUUUAUGAUUUAUUUAUGUAUACAUCCAUUGAACUCUAUGUGUUAAGGUUACAUAGCCUGAUAUAUGUAUAUAAUUACAGAGUGAUUUGUAGAUUCUGAGUGGAGCGAAGAAGCUUAUGGUUUUACAAUGAUGUUUAUUAUUUUUUUUUUUUCUCUAUCUGGCAAAUACUUUUUUACCAAAAAUAUUGCUUUAAUUUACAAGUGUAACAUUUUUUUCUGAAAGUUUAUCUGACUGGGAUGGUACUUUAAAUUAAUUUUAAAGGUAAUUUUUUGAUUUUCUCAAGAAUUUUCUCAAUAUACUAGAACAGCGUUUCCCAAACUGUGGUCCGCGGACCCCUAGAGGUCCGCAUAUAUGCCGGAGGGGGUCCACGAGCGUAAAUUGAAAAUACUAUAUANACGUAAAUACUGAGGCAUAAAAGGGUAUAAGGGGGGAGGGGUCCGCGAUCAUUUUUACUAUCUCUAAGGGGUCCGACGGAAAAAAAGUUUGGGGAACGCUGUACUAGAAGAACUGGAAAAAAAUAUAAAUAUAAAUAAGGAAUAAUGGAAGAACAGGAAAAUAGGUACAAUAUUAAACAAAUAAUUUGCUUUAAUAGCAAAUAUUAUUAAAGCAAAUGUAUAAUGCCUAUUUAAUAAUUUUACCAUAAUAUGACAUAGGUAUAUUGUUGACAAAAUAUCACUAUCAACUGAACUCCGCUUAGAAUCGUUUUUUCGUUAGUAAUGGUUUAUAGUUUCUUAAAAAUAUACAUUAAAUUUCUGUCUAGGCUGUCUGUAUCCUACUUUCCCAACUUCCAACCUACAACAGUGACUGUACCGUACCCACGUGUGAAGUGCGUCCGUCCUUUUUUACUGAUUAUUUUACCUUAAAAUCCUAACCCUAAUAAUAAAUAAUUACCAAAAUAAUAUUCAAUUUUAUUACAUAUAAUGUAUAUAUAUAUAUAUAUAUAUAUAUAUAUAUUNCAUAUGUUCAUAAGUAGAUUAACUAGUAAUAUGACUUAUUAUAUUAUAAUAUACUUUAUAUAUUUACAGUAAGUACUGAAGGAUUUCAAACCCUUGAUGACUCGAUAGGAGUGGAAGAUACAUCAGACAGGGAACGACGAAGAGGCGUGUGGCAGGCAGCGACCCUUAAUGGGCCGUAA